CCCCAAGUUCUAACCGCCCUGCGCCAUUCCGUCAUCCAGUCACCCUUGCCCAGAGAAUCGCAUUUGGUUCCUCAUCUCCGGCCUCGCCUUGUCUUGAUCAACGAGAGAAGGUCCGAAGCUUCGUUCAAGAACCCGCCCAUGCCGGCUCCUCAUCACCCUCACCUAUGGUUAUCCUUGUCUCGGUCUCGCCCUCCUCCAGCUUCCUCACCGUCUCGCACCGCACUACUGUUACCCGUUGGUCUGGAGAACCCGAAGGCUCAGGAGGCCUUGGCUGGAAACUAUGGCCACUAACACCACUGCCACUGCCACCGGCAUCCGAAACUAGGAUGUGGUUCAAGUUGAAAGCCUGGUGCCGCUGACGCUACAAGCCAAUGACCUCGGCCCUGGCAAUCAUAGGGGUCGUCGCCCUUUGCAUCACAGACUUUGUCGACCGUCUCUGCAUCCUCGUCUCCGCCGUCACAGGGGCGCCAAGGUUGGCAUUCGCACUUUCAUACAGGAACUACCCGCUCUCAAGAGGGGGGGACAAUCGACCGCUUUGAUAUCCAAAACAAAACAAAAACCGACCAACAAUUCGUUGCAGCACCAGGUCCAUCCCACGCUCGACUUUUUUUACCCAAGAGCCUCUUUCCAUGCCAUACCACAGAAGUUGGGCACCCCAUACCUUCUUCCACUAGUCAUGCCGUACAGGCCGUAAACCGAGUCCUUCCGGGCGGGCCACGUCAAGGUGUUCGUUCUGGUCGACAUGUAGAAUCUCACGGCCCUGUUUCACGAGGACAUCGUCGCCAGGGGUACCGACCACACAUCCGACAAGACGGCCUGCUCGUUGAAGUGACUGUCCGCCAUCAAUAGCGAGGACACGAGGACACCCUGUCCACCUACAGCCACGAUCUUGCGCUGCGGGGAUCCAGAAACUGCUUUCGUGACGGCAGCCAUUUGGCUUGGCAGAAGGGCGAUCGGACGGAAUCACCAGUCCUCUGGAUAGUCGGGCGGUCAAAGUCAACAUGCUGCUCACUCGGCCGUCUACUCGGCCGUCUGUCCUCAUCCGUCAUGGGAUGCGGGACUUGGCUGACCAGCUGACAACCACCAGCGGGCUCGGGCAACACGGUACUGUCGAAGAGAGCGAGGGGGGCCCCGUCCUAACGUCGUCUGCAUGCUUCGCGCAUACCCAUUCCACCCCCUGAGCUCCGAUCUCAUCCAAGAGCGCUGGAAGCGAUCCAAUACCCAUCUCACGGCAAAGCCUGCCAAUAUUGGAGUGGGCUUUCGCUGUUGCUCCCUGGACGAUGCGGGCUUCUAGGCUACCCCCAACAUCCUGGACUCCAUCCUAGGUUAGAUAGGGGCGACGACACACCUGAGAUCCUUCACCUCGUUGGGCUACUGGGACAAUUGGGAAAUAGCCUGAUCACCCAGACAAUCAAUUCACUGACCAGAUUGAUUGUGUUGUGGACAAAGCCCUUGGGCAUUUCCAUGCCUUCUGUCUUGUUAUCGACGCAUUCAACGGGAGAAGCCACGAGUCUAUAAUUGUCCGAGCUCCAAUAACACUGUGCGGCAGGCACCUCAAUCUCUGGGUACUGGCUACAUGUACCCGAGAGUCUCCUCAGCCUUACUUAACAACCUCAAUACGUGAGCAUGCUAGGCUCAUAAAACAACAAUGCCAACCAUCUGUACGUUGAGCUUGGCGUGGAAGAUUGGCUUGCUACCGAUCAUGACUCCACGUCCCUUAGCUCUGACGUCAGGGAAGAGAUCAAGAAGGGUGUCUCAAAAUCCCAUGGAACGUCUUUAUCUCGUGACUGCCGAGGCAGGGCGUGGCCACUCGCCUCUGAUACAGUUCUGGUUCCUGCAGGGCCAGGCCGUUACUGGAUGGACUUGGCACUCUUCGCAGCGGCCGAGACACUCGGUGGGUGCUUAAAAAUAUACCCGCCACCGUAAAUCCGUUCUACGCCGGCAAACUCACCCUAAGUAAGUUACAAUAAGACCAGGGCAUCGCUUGGGAGGCAUUCGGAUGGGGUUGUUUUCCCCCUCAGUUCGUGUCUCGACGAGGUCGCUGAGCCAGUCAUCUUCGAAGAGUCUGACACCAAUAUCGAUGUCGAUGGGAUUCUAGUCAAGCUGUCUUUCAUACUGGGAAGCUAUCGAAGGCUGGCAUAUGCCCUCGACUACUCCAUCACCCUUGUCCACGAUUCCAGUCGCAACCCACCCCCCUCUUAAUUAUUUUUACAUAAUAUAAGCCAGAAUGAAUUCAGGCUUGAGUGCCCCGGAGUCCACGUUAAAUGCCACGGGGCCGAACCGUUGUACUCUUCCCUGCCGCAGUU